AUGGCAGCCGCUAAUUUUGCCCGGCCGCCUCAGGCGCCGGUCCAACACCAACCACGGGCCAGUGGCUCCUGGGAUGACCUGCUGCGCAACAAGGGCCAGGACAAGGCGCAGCAGGCGAGGGCGAGGGCGGCGCAAGGCGAUCGGGGAAGGCGGCCACAGAGCAGCGGCGGGGGCGCUGGCGCGAGUGGGAGGCCGAACAGCAUGGUGAACCCACCGAUGCGCCGCAUGGAGCUGCACCACGACAACCAGCGGUCGUCACAGGCCUUUGCCGCGCACGUCGCCGCGCUCAAUGGGAAGCCGUCGCCGCUGUCGCGAGAGGUGACACUCGGAUCGGACUUCGACUACGGCCCGGAAUACGGAAUGAUGCCCGAGAUCAACCACUACAGCCUCAACGACCGGCGCUAUCAACCCCAGCAGGCCCCGCAGCCGCAGCGACCUGGCAUGUACGCGCGGCCUCGACGUAUAUCCAGCGGCGGGCCCAUGGCGCCACGUCCGGGCAGCUUCCACUCGUUUGACGGCACAGUGGACAGCCAGGGCCGCGCAACGCGGGCUAGUAGCUGGGGCGGGAUGCCGGUGAUCGAGGAGGCGCACGCAUUCGAGACGUUCCCGCCAGCGCACCAGCCGUUUCGGAACUCGGCGCCGACGUGGCAGCCGCGGCGGCCUGAGCCCAUCAAGGCGGUGGCGCCCCGGAAACCGGGGCCGAACGAGCUGUUCAACAAGCUGCCGGUCGAGGUCCUGAGGCUGGUCCUCGAGCACGUGCGGAGGCUGCACUUCGACGACAAGAGCAGCAGCUGCGCGACAUGCUGGAUGCGCGACUGCUGCGCCGUGGCCCUGUGCAACCACAAGCUGCUUGCCGUGGCGAGGGAGGCACUCUACAGCGACAUCCAGCUAGUCGGCAAGGACGCCCAGCUUAGCAAGAAGUAUAAGGGGCUGCAUACUGCUAGGCUGGUUCUGCUUCGGCGUACGCUGCGGGCCAACAGGAGCCUCGGGGCGGUGGUGCGCUCGCUCAAGGUCCCUGCGCUGCCCGACAACGCGCCAAUCGAGGCGACGAAGUACCAUGACAUGGUGGCAUCGGUGGUGAUGGCGUGUCCCAACCUGGAGCGUCUGGACGGCUUCUACCCGAGCUACCGGCAUGGCAGCGAUAGUCACUUCCUGCACGCCAUGGAGACGCGGCGCAAGCUCAAGGAGAUGACGUGGGUCAUUGAGGCGGUGCCCGAGGCGUCGGUGGAACACGUCCGCUCAAGCAGCAGAAAGAGGGCGCAGUCGAUGUCUAGGAAGUCCAAGAGAGCGACCUUAGCCCCAGCGCCAGCGCCCGCGGACGACGGCAUCCCGGACCACUACCUGACGGCAGCACAUGCCAACCGCUUUGUGCUGCGGCACGAGAACUGGAAGGAGCUGACGCACCUGACGAUCCACUGUCUGCCGGGUUCUAACAUGUCGCCCCACGGCAUGAUCGGCGCCGCCCUGACCUUUCUCCCGGGCAUCGACUCGCUGUACCUGUCCCACCUGCCAGCCAGCUCCUUCAACGACGACUCCCUCCUGGGCCUGCCGCGAGCGCUAAAGAAACUUAGCCUCGCUCACUGUUCAGGUGUGACCACUGCCGGCCUAUCGACCUUCGCUACCCGUGCCGCAGCCAGCUCGCUCGAGACCCUAACGCUGAUCCACCAGAACAUCGACAGCGCGGACGCGCUGGUGCGCAUGUUCGCCAAGCUGAGCAACCUGACGACCUUUAACAUCGUGCAGGCGGCGGCCCCGGCCAUGGGCGACGAUCCGUUCCUGUUCAUGCCGUAUCUCGCCUCCCGGUCGCUGAAAAAGCUGCACUGGGACGUCUUCGAGAGCGACGCGGCGGCGACGAGGGCAGACGACAUCCUGGCGCGCAGCAUCGCGGCCGGCGGCUUCCCUUGCUUGCGGUCGAUUCGUGUGCCCAACGACCCGGAGGGGCGUUUUCAGGCGCUAUGCAAGCCGCAGGAACGGGCUGACCUCGCUGGUGACAGGUACCGCCGCGGGCUGGUGAGCCAGGCCACCAACGCGGCGGGCGCGAACGCCUCGUCCACUAACCUGGCCGCCCUCGCCGGCGGGCCCAAGCAGCCCUCGACCGACGACCAGGGCGGCGCGCGCUCGUCAUCCGACACCAAGGACAGCGGCAAGGAGAUGCUCCCCACCCGCGAGUACGGCAGCGACCUGCACGCGGCACGGCUGGCGGCGCAGGCGCGGCUGGAGGCGGCGCGACGCUUCCCGCGGUUCGAGGCCAACGUCCUAGACGAGGACGGCGAGGUGGUGUCGACCGAGGGGCUGGCGGGCUUCAUCGGCGACGCGGCCAGCCGGAUCUGCUAUACCCUGGUGCCGGACGCGGGCGGGUCGGACGCGAGAGGCGGGCUGGUCGUCAUGGAUGACCUGCUUGGUGACGGUGGCGAGGACCUGUCCCGUAAGGGGGAUAUCAGUAGUAAUGCUGGUGGCGGGUUUGGCACGGGAAUUGCGCCCUGCUGUGUUGUUCCUGGUGUGCCGGAGAGGGAGGCUGUGUUCACGAGGGGCAAGUUGGUGAAGAGGGAUACUGGGGGAAAGACUGGCAAGGAGAAGGAGAAGGACAAGGACAAAGACAAGGAUAAGGAGAGGGACAGGGACGGCGAGGACCCUGGCAAGGCGAGAGAGGGCUGCACGGGGCGGUGGAACUCAUAUAAUUCCGAAGGGCUCGUGGACAAGAAGAGCGCCUCUGGCGACCGGUGGUGGCAUGUUGAGCGUGGGAGGUGGAGAGGGCGAGUUGAGCUGUCUUAA